AUGUCUGAUACGUACGACUUAGAUUAUGAUUCAUGCUCGACUUUACUGGACUGUCCACUAAAUUUUGAAGCACUUUCUGCUCCCACAUCAACCUAUGGAACGUUGCCUACCCGAAAGAAAAGAUCCUCGCGGGGACGCACGGAUUCGUUCCGACAAAGCUGGGCCGCAGGGCCAUCUAGUGUGAACUCUCCGGAGCUCUACUUUAUCGAUACUGAAGGAAUCGCCCACAGAUACAGAUUACUUCCAACGGAUAUUGAAGUCGGCCAGAGAACUUUCACUUCCUCUCCUGAUCCCUCUCACCACGUGUCGGAGAGUGCGGAGCUGUGUGCUUGGGUGAUGUUCAUCAUUUUGGUCGUUGUCGCAAUCGUGUGCUUGACCUCCUCAGAUCCUCAGCUCGGAUGGUAG